AUGGCGGCAAUGGCGAACCUUGCGAACACCAUGGAGGCUAAUGCUGCUGUGACUCUGCAAGUUGUGCAGAGGUUAGGCCAACCGGCCGGAAACAAAAAUGAGAACGGCGAUGGAAAUGCGGAUGACAAUGCUGAAAGGAAUGGAGACAACAUGGGAGGUGCUCUGAUGACCUUGGUGAUGUUUCUCAAGGUUCAUCCGCCAAGUUUCAGAGGUUCAACAAAUCCUAUGGAAGCGGAUAACUGGUUCCAAGCUAUGGAGCACGCACUGCAAGCACAUCAUGUCCCAAAUAACCAAUACGUGGAGUUUGCUGCUUAUCAGCUUCGAGAAGAGGUCCAGCAUUGGUGGCAAGCAGAGUGGCGCUUGUUACAGCUUCAGAACGCCGAUAUUCCUUGGGAUGUAUUCCAAACGGCCUUCUACAAUAAGUACUUUCCUGAGUCCGCAAGGGGGGCGAAGGAGAUGGAACUUAUGUAG